AUGAGUAUUCGACAUCGAAAUGUUAUGUCACAUGGUAUUAAUCCAUCUCAUGCUCGUAUGUCAACUGCAUCACUUUAUUCAGUAACAUUUGAUAUACAUGAUGAAGAUAAUCGUCAUAAAUUUUUUCGAUGGUUUUCAACAAUAUUUAUUAAUAAAAUCGAUAUAUAUCAUGUUCUUGAAAGACAAGAAGGCACACGUACACUUGCUUAUCAUCUAUUUGUAUUUGCUUUAACUCUUAUUUCACUUAUAUUUGGUUCAAUAUCAACUAUCGAUGAAUGGCGAUCAACAUUAAAUACACCAUUAUAUUAUGGUGAAUUAGCUUUAUGUUUAUUUUUUACUUGUGAAUUAUUAUUACGUAUAUGGUCAGCUGGUUGUCUUUCAAAAUAUCGAACAUGGUUUGGUCGUUUAAUGUUUAUAAGUCGACUAGUUAUUGUGCUUGAUAUAUUAACUUUAUUUGGUUUUAUAUUAGCAUUAACUACAGGUAUAAAAAUAAGAAAAUUUCCAUUAUUAACAUUAAAAUUUUUACCACCAUUACAAAUGAUUCGAUUUUUACGUGUUGAUAGACAAUUAUCAUCAUGGAAAAUUUUAAAAGAUAUUAUUAUAGCACAUCGUCAAGAACUUACGAUUACAUUAGUUAUUGCAUUUAUGUUUCUUAUUACUGGUUCUUAUCUUGUUUAUCUUGCUGAAACACCUAUUGAUACUAGUUUAGGUGUUGGACGAUUUAAAUCAGUAGCUGAUACAAUGUGGUUUUCAAUUAUCACGAUGACAACAAUUGGUUUUGGUGAUCUUUAUCCUACAACAUAUAUUGCUAAAAUGAUAACAACAACAAUUUGUUUUCUUGGUGUUGCAUUUUGGUGUUUACCAACAGGCAUUAUUGGAAGUGGCCUUGCUAUAAAAGUUCAAGAACAAAAACGUGAUGAAGCAUUAAGUCGUCUUGUACCUGCUGCUGCUACUGUUAUACGUAAUUGGUGGCGUCUUCGAUGUGUUUAUCAUGGUGAUCGUUUUGUAUCAACAUGGAAAAUUUACACAAUAAUUCAACGUCGUAUGGAUGGUCCUUUAUCAACAAUUCAUAAUACAGUACCAUUGGUAAUUGCAUCAACAGAUAAUACAUCUUCUGAAAUGAAUUCAUUACAAUUUAAUGUUACAGAUCCAAUGACAACAACAAUAAAAUCAAAUCGUAUUCGACGAAAAUCAAUAAUAAGUAUCAAUGAUUUACCAAAACGUUAUAUAACAGCAAUAAAAGUUAUUCGUAUACUUAAAUAUUUGGUUGCUUGUAAAAAAUUUCAACAAGCAAAACGUCCUAUUGAUAUAAAAGAUGUUGUUAAAGAAAAUACACAAAUGAAUAAUCGUUUAUCAAUUAUGUUAAAUGAUGUACAACGUCGUUUAGAUUUAGUAUUAGGUACAACAAAACCAGCUUCAUAUUUAUCUGAUGAACAAAAACGACAAUUAAGUUUAAGUGCUCGUAUUGAAGAAGUUGAACAAACAGCAAUUCGAUUUGAAACAAAAUUAAAUUAUUUAGAACAAUUAGCAUUAACAUUAGUUGAAAACGCAUAA